UCCCCUCCCUCCCUCCCUCCUCUCUAGAGUCCCCAAAUGCUUUAGAGUUUUAAUCUUGAAAAGGAGUCUCACCAUUAACACCUCCUAGCUAGAUCCAGGCCAACUAGUACACUAAACCUUGCAAAUUAAGCACAAAAACUCUUUCAAUGUCUUCAAAGAAGAAAAAUCUCCUUCAAUCCAUACUCACACCCAAUGUAGGCAGUGGCUGUGGCUGUGGCAGGCCAAAACUCUCUGAUGUAUACGAGCCAGCACCGAAACCUAAACCCAAAACCUCAAUUUCCCAAAAAGAUCCGAACCCCAAUUGUUCCUCUACAAGCUCAUGUAAUAAAAGUGUAGGCUUCUCAUUACCGGACAAUGAAGAAGAAGACUCUACUUCCACUGCUUUCACUUUGAAAAAAGACAACAACACGUCAUCAACCCAAAACUCCGAAUCCGAAACCUAUCCAAAAGCAUCCAAAAUCAUUGACAGCAUUGCUGUGGUGAAGGAUUCUGAUGACCCCUUUCAAGAUUUCAAGAAUUCUAUGUCGCAAAUGAUCUUGGAGAAAAACAUCUACUCCAAAGAUGAUCUUGAAGAGCUUCUUAACUGCUUCUUGGAGCUGAAUUCUCCUUGCCAACAUGAUGUUAUCGUUCAAGCUUUCACUGAGAUCUGGAAAGAGAUCAGACGUGUGUCACAUGAAUCCUAGCUGUGCAUGGAACUUGUAUGUUGGAUAGUUUUGAUGUUUGUUUACAAUACUUUGGCAGUGAGAUUUUAUUUUGGAAAAAAUAUUUAUGUUCUUGACGGUAACAUUUUACUUAAUUUUUCCUUACUUUUAUUGUUGUGAUUAUAAAUGUACUUACUGAAUAGAAAAACAGUAAUGAUAUAUAAUACAGAACAAUA